AUGAGAACUGCACGAUACGGGCUGGCAGCGACACACUUUCGUGGGAAAAUCAUUGUCGCUGGGGCAUUUGAUGAUGGUGUAAGCAGAUCAAACGUGGUGGAGAUGUUCACACCACCAGAUGCCGGGUGUCCCCGGGGCCAGUGGACAGAUUUGGCCGGCAUGAAGGAACCCCGCGGACAUUUCUCUCUUCUCACCUCCACCGACGCCGUCUUUGCUCUCGGUAAUGAUGUCUCUUCCUGCUUUGCUCUACACUGACGCGCAGUGUGACUACAUUCAUUCUCCACUCUCCUAUCUAUCUCUCUUGCAUGCCAUUUCAUGUCCUUUUCUGCGUAAUCCACUCUUUGAGGAUGAUUAAGACAGCGCGUAUGAUGGCAACCAUGUGAAAAUGUGACUUUGCAUGGCGUUUCGACAUCUUAAACACAACAAGGUUAUGGCCGAUGGUAGUCCGUUUGUAGUGCAAAUCGUCCGCUUAUUAAUACAGAUUUUUACGAGAAUUAUGCAGCCAAAUGGUUAAAGCGUCUUCAGUAGGUACUGCUUUUAAAGCUUACUUUGUCUACUCCGGGUUUUAUUGAAAUAAUUUUUUACUACCUGUAUUGUGCAAAUCGUAUGCUAAUUUUUCUAUUUUGAUAUUUAUGAAAAUAGAAUUUCACUGGAAUUAUUCACAAUUUGCAGGCUCAGGAAACACGGCGCAGACUUUCACGGCAGUAGGCGGAUCAGCUGAUGUUAGCAACGACUUGACAUUUUGGAGCUGGUCGUCGAAGAAUCCACUGGAGACGCUCGAAAGGAUCAAAGGAGCUGUAAACAUUCACGCGUAA